ACGUGUCUAAAUACGCAUCAGGCUUCAUAUAUGUAUGAGAAUUUCGGAACUCAACAUCAAAUCCAAAUAACAAUACCGACAAGUAUGACGUGAGUAUCUAUCUAAAAGCCCUUGAGCAUACUCACGUUGCACUAAAUAGCCUCAUGAACUCUGAGUACCUCAACGUUUGGUCAUAUUGUCACUACUACCAGUGGCUGUCUAUGAAGCUCCCGAUACAUUCAUGGGUUGGCUGUUAACUUGAGCUAAUAACCUCUAAUACAGUCAUCAUCAUCUCAACAACGGCAUUUACACUACCAGCACUACAGAGGAGGACACGAUCUCAUCCAGUACAUUUAUCCGAACUCAAGUAGACAAUAUGAGCUCCCCAUUUACACCACACCCCCUCAAUUUGCCUGUAGAGUUGAAUCCCGGGAUACAACGGCUUGCAUUAGCACUGGCCUUAGAGGCAAAUCACUCAAAUACUACGGCCGAACAUGUGUCAAACAAACAUGUGGGAUCGAUAUGGAAUUGCGAGAAACCCACAAUCGAUGAGAAUAGCUCCUGUGAUGUUGGACCCAUGGGAGCAUUCAUAUACAAUUACAUGAUGAAGUAUGGAACCGACAGUAGUUUGGAAUCACAGACAUCACUCGAAUUCAAAAAGAGUGUUUGA